AUUCAUUAAUAAUAUUUUCGAUUAUAUAUAUAUACUUUACCAAAUUAUCAAAAUUAAUAAAAAUUGAAAAUAUUAAAAAAUCAAUCAAAAAAAAAAUUUAUACAAAUAAUUAUUUUUUAAAGGGUUAUUUAAAAUUGUCUCUUUAAUUCUUGCCCUUUAUAUUUGCCUAAGGACAAUUGUCACGUAACAGCGGUAACACACAACAACUGUUGCGUGUAUUUAAAAUACAUAUGCAUAAAAUAUAAAAUGAUAAUAACAAUAAUUAAAAUAAAAUUAUUUGUCAAGUUUUGCGAGUAUAUUGCUCGUGGGGAGGUUCAAAGUGUAUAAGUCAACCAAUGAGAGAUGAGAAUGGCAUAGAUAUACAUAGAAAGGAUAAAAGGGUUGCUGUUGUUGUUGUUGUCAAUUAUCAUCAUCGGGAUUAUUAAAUUUUUGCACCGAAUUAACAAAAAGUAAGAAAAAAAAAAAAACAAAAACAAUUAAAAAUAAUUAUCUAUGUACAUGUGGAUGUGGUGCAUGAACAAUCAUUUAAAAUAAAUUCACAAAUUUGUUGUUGUUGUUAUUGUUGCUUCAAUCACAGCGAAACACAAUAUUUAAAAUUUAUAAAAUUAUUGAUUUUACAACUAAACAGCUGUUCAAGUUCAUUGUGACUUUAAAAAUUUGUUGUAGUAUUAAUUUGAUUGAUAAUCACGACAAAACCACCACCACCACUACUACCACCAUCUAAACCAAGGUGUGUCUAUCAGUGUGUUUAUUACUCUCUCUCUCUCUCUCUCAACUCUAGAAAGAAAAAAAAAUUUACUUUUACGUUCCUCUCUCAUCAAUACAUAUACAACUGCAUGCAAUAUGUACAUGUGCAAGAAUAUUGUGUUUUAACGACCACCGACAUUUUGUUCGUUGUUUACAUCAAAGCAAAAUUGGGACACAAACAAAAUAAAUACAUCAUCAUAAAACAACAACUGAAAUUUGUCGUUGCCGUCAUCAACAAGUGUUAAAAAAAAAAAACUGGAACUCUGCAUAUUAAAUAAUUUUUGCUUCAUUGUGAGGGGAUAGAGACAAUUGGUAUUUUUCAAGAACUCGGAUAAUACAGCAAAUGGCUGACGAAGAUUGGACACGAAGUGUAACUUGUCGAUAUUACAAAAAUGGUUUAUGCAGAGAGGGUGACAGUUGUCGAUAUCGUCAUCCAUCAGAAUCAGAUGCUGAUGAUGAACAAUCUGAUAAUGAAUCAACAACAGUACCAAUAAUAUCAUGUCGUUUUUUUAAAUGGGGAACAUGUAAAUUUGGUACACGUUGUAAAUUUAAUCAUUCAACACCAGUUAAUAAAACAACAACAAUUAAACAACAAAAUCUACCUGAAGAUAAUAAUAACAAAACAUCAUCAUUGCCUUUGUCAUCAAGUGCCUGUUCAAGUUCAUCAUCAUCAUCAUCAUCCUCAACAUCAACAUCAACAGAACAAAUUAAAAUGCCAUCAACAAGUAAAAUUGAUGAAUGGGUUAAUGCACCAGAAUUUAUACCAUCAAUACAAAUUAAUAAAUCAAUUGAAGAAUCAUCAAUGAGUGGUUAUUAUAAAACAUCACCUGGUUCAUAUGCAAAAGCUGUUAAUAGUUCUGGUACAACUGUUAAUCCAGCAUCAGAACCAUUAUGUCCAUAUGGUGAAGCAACUGGUUAUUGCAAAAAACUUGAAUGUCCAUAUUUACAUGGUGAUAUUUGUGAGCUAUGUGAUAGAGCUGCAUUACAUCCAUUCAAUGAAGAAUUACGUGAUAAACACACAAAUGCUUGUGUUAAACAACAUGAAAUUGAUAUGGAAUUAUCAUUUGCAAUUCAACGUAGUCGUGAUAAAACAUGUGGUGUUUGUUUUGAAAUAAUUAUGGAAAAAUCAUCAAAUGAACAAAGAUUUGGUAUAUUACCAAAUUGUAAUCAUUGUUUUUGUCUAAGUUGUAUUAGAAAAUGGAGACAAGCUAAACAAUUUGAAAAUAAAAUAAUAAGAUCUUGUCCAGAGUGUCGUGUAUCAUCAGAUUUUGUUUGUCCAAGUGCUUAUUGGGUUGAUACUAAAGAUGAAAAAGAAAAACUCAUUGUCGAGUACAAGGGUGCACUCAGUUCAAAAGACUGCAAAUAUUUCAACAAGGGUCAAGGCAAAUGUCCCUUUGGCAACAAAUGUUUUUAUCUUCAUGCUUUACCUGAUGGUACUAAAACAGAUGUUGGUCCACCAGCACGCCAAGCUGGAAAUGGCGAUGUUGAUCUUGAUUUUUUGCAGCAACUUAUAUUGUGGAAUUUUUUAGAAGAAAGAGACAAUCGUUGGAUUUACAUGGAUGAUCAAGAUGAAGUUGUUGUUUUAUUUUCCGAUUCAGAUGAUUCUGUUGAAUGGUAAAAUAUAAAUCAAUAAAAAUAAAAUACCUAUCAUCAUUUUUCUCUAUUUUAAUUCUUGCCAUUAAUUAAUAAUAAUUAAUAUUUUGGGUAAGUCCGCGUGUCGCUUAGAAAAAUAUUAAAAAAAGAAAAAAAAUUAAUAAUAUAAAAUUCAUGCUUAUCAUCGUGCCUACUUACGUGUCUGAUUAUAAUAUUAACAUAAAUAAUUUUUUUGUGUGUGUUUGUGUUUUGACCAAGAAGACAAGUCAUCUCCGACGUUCGUCGUACCAAAAUUAGUCAAAAAAAUAAAAAAGAAAAAAUUAAUUAAAAUUUUGUUUAAACGUCGGAUCGUCACUUGAUCACCCACAUCAGAAUGUAAGAUCACGAGAUAUACCUAAAUCUGUGAUAAAUACAAUGCACUCUAUUGGUUUAAAUUUACUGAUUAUCGUACAAAAAAAAAAGAGGAAAAAACAUUUGAAUAAUGCAUCAGUUUGUUUUUUUUUUUUUGAUAUUAUAUUGUAAUAAUAUUAAUUAAUAUUUGAUGAAUGGUCACUUGUGUAUGGUACUUGUCAAUUUCAUAAUAUUACUAUUAUUAUUUUGGAAAUUGGUACAGAUUGAAGAUUAAACUCAACAAAAAUUUAUGCUCAAUCAACCAUUACAUUCGUUUAAUUUACAAAAAAAAAAAAAGAAAU